AUGUUUGGGCUAAAGCUGAAGAAGAAGAAGAAGAAAGCAGACAAGGGCUUAAUCUUAGCCAACAAGGCAGCGCAAGACAGUCAAGGUGAAACAGAAGUGCCCCAGGAGGGUCCUUCUGGCCAGGAAGGACCGGGAGGAGAUUUGACCUCUAAUGAUGAUUCUACCACUCCUGUCCCCCCAGUGCCCGUGAAGAGAAGGUCAAAACUGGUGACGAAGAUCCAUGACGGGGAGGUCAAGUCUCAGACUUAUCAAAUUGCCAUCACCAUCACGGAGGCCCGCCAGCUGGUGGGCGAGAACAUCGACCCAGUGGUGAUCAUUGAGGUCGGGGAUGACAAGAAGCAAACGACAGUGAAGGAAGGAACCAACAGCCCGUUUUACAAUGAAUACUUUGUCUUUGACUUCAUUGGGCCCCAAGUACACCUUUUUGACAAGAUCAUCAAAAUCUCAGUCUUCCACCACAAGCUGAUUGGAAGCAUUCUGAUCGGCUCUUUCAGAGUAGACCUGGGGACUGUGUACAACCAACCUGGUCAUCAGUUCUGUGACAAGUGGGCCCUGCUCACAGACCCUGCAGACAUCCGGACUGGCACCAAGGGGUACCUGAAGUGUGACAUCAGCGUGACUGGGAAAGGCGACCUCUUGAAGACCAACCCCAAAACCGCGGACGCCGAGGAGCAAAUUGAAAAGAAUCUUCUGAUUCCCCAAGGGUUUCCAUCCGAGAGACCCUGGGCCAGAUUCUACGUGAGACUCUACAAAGCGGAAGGGCUACCCAAAAUGAACUCCAGCAUCAUGGCGAAUGUCACCAAAGCGUUUGUGGGUGACAGCAAGGACCUCGUGGACCCUUUUGUGGAGGUGUCCUUCGCUGGGCAGAUGGGGCGGACCACAGUGCAGAAGAACUGCGCCGAUCCUGUGUGGCAUGAACAGGUGGUCUUCAAGGAAAUGUUCCCUCCCUUGUGUCGGAGGGUGAAAAUCCAGGUAUGGGAUGAAGGCAGCAUGAAUGAUGUGACACUGGCCACCCAUUUCAUCGACUUGAAGAAGAUCUCCAAUGAACAAGACGGAGAUAAAGGCUUUCUACCCACCUUUGGGCCUGCCUGGAUUAACCUGUAUGGCUCACCCAGGAACCACAGCCUGAUGGACGACUACCAGGAGCUGAAUGAAGGCUUGGGGGAAGGCGUGUCCUUCAGGGGGAGGAUCCUGGUGGAAAUUGCUGUGGAAAUCCUCUCAGGAGGGGCACAGGAGUCGAAGUUUUCCAAAGCCCUGAAGGGACUCAAGGUGUCUUUGAAGGACAAAGACUCCAAGUCUCCCAAAGGGUCGAGUAAAGACAAGGGUGACAAAACCGAUGAUGCAAAAUCCCAGCAGGCUUCAGACAAGACGAACUCGACUGAGGUCGAGGUGGAACCUUUCGAUGUGCCUCCCGAGAUUGUACCAGAAAAAUAUGAAGAAUUUUUACUCUUUGGAACAUUUUUUGAAGCUACUAUGAUUGACCGGAAGAUUGGAGAUAAACCCAUUAGCUUUGAAGUUUCUGUGGGCAAUUUUGGGAACCUGAUUGAUGGAGGGUCCCAUCAUGGAAGUAAAAAGAAGUCAGCGGAGUCAAUGGAAGAAGACAGCCUUCCGCUGCUGCAUGAAGGAGAAGGGGACUCAGCCCAUAAUGUAACCAUCCCAAUGGUCUCCACCACUCAUCCAGAGAAGCCACUGGUGACAGAAGGGAACAGGAAUUACAACUAUUUACCAUUUGAUGCCAAGAAGCCCUGUGUCUACUUCAUCAGCUCCUGGGGAGACCAGACUUUCAGGCUGCACUGGUCCAAUAUGCUAGAGAAAAUGGCGGACCUACUGGAAGAAAGCAUAGAAGAAGUACGAGAGCUGAUCAAGAUUUCAGAGGAGGCGCCGGAGGAGAAGGUGAAGACUGCGCUCCGUGAUUUUAUCAGUCAAAGCAGUGCCUUUAUCUCUGAAGCAGAAAAAAAGCCCAAGAUGUUGAACCAGACUACUUUAGAUAAGAAGCGGCUUACACUCUGUUGGCAAGAGCUGGAGGCAAUGACCAAGGAGGCUCAGGGCCUCGUCCAGCAGCAGCAACAGAAGAAGUUGCCCCUCGAUGAAAUGAUCAGUCAAGCCCAAGGCUUUGUGGACAAGAUCCGCUUUCUUGUGGAUGAGCCACAGCACACCAUCCCCGAUGUCUUCAUUUGGAUGCUGAGCAACAACAAGAGAGUGGCAUAUGCCCGAAUUGCCUCCAAAGACCUGCUGUAUUCCCCCGUCCAGGAGCAAAUGGGCAAACACUGCGGGAAGAUCAAAACUCAUUUUCUCAAACCUCCCGGGAAACGGCCAGCUGGUUGGUCGGUGCAAGCAAAGGUGGAUGUGUAUCUGUGGCUGGGCUCCACCAGGUACUCUACUGCCAUUUUGGACAACUUGCCAACAGGCUAUGAAGCAGAAAUACCUUCCAAAGUGUCUUCCUCCAGCCACCCUCCAGCCAACCUGAUCUACAAAGCCCAACACCUCUUUCAGCUAAGAGCUCACAUGUACCAGGCCCGGGGCCUCAUCGCAGCCGACAGCAGUGGGCUUUCGGACCCCUUUGCUAAAGUCACCUUCCAGUCCCACUGCCAGACGACAAAGGUAAUUUCCCAGACCCUCUCCCCGACCUGGAACCAGAUGCUGCUCUUCAGUGACGUGGUGCUGUAUGGGGAUGAGAAGGAGCUGGUGGAGUCUCCGCCCUCAGUGGUGGUAGAGCUGUAUGACAGUGAUGCCGUGGGGAAGCCAGAAUAUCUGGGUGCCACAGUGGCUGCUCCUGUUGUGAAGCUGGCUGACCAGGCCUAUGAGCCCCCCUGGCUGAGCUAUCACCCCAUCUUCUGUGGGAGCCUCUCUGGAGGGGACCUCCUGGCUGUGUUUGAGCUGCUGCAGGUCCCCCCAUCUGGCCUGCAAGGACUCCCUCCCGUGGACCCACCAGAUGUGGCCCAGAUCUACCCUGUUCCUGCCAACAUUCGGCCUGUGCUGAGUAAAUACCGAGUGGAGGUGCUCUUCUGGGGCGUCCGAGAGAUGAAGAAGGUGCAGCUCCUCUCCGUGGACCGGCCCCAGGUUCUCAUUGAGUGUGGGGGGCGGGGAGUCAAGUCCUGUGUGAUCCAGAGCUACAAGAACAACCCCAACUUCAACGUCCAGGCAGAUGCUUUUGAAGUGGAGCUGCCCGAGAACGAACUUCUGCACCCGCCCCUGAGCAUCUGCGUGGUGGACUGGCGAGCCUUCGGCAGGAGCACCCUGGUGGGCACCUACACCAUCAACUGCCUGAAGCAGUUUUUGUGCCAAUCCAGGGAGCCCCCUGCCCUCACCUCACAGGUGGAUGGAGCCCAAGCUGGCCAUGCUGUUUCAGAUUCAUUGAUAGACACUGGGACCCCCGGGCCUCCCAGCUCCUCCCAGGAGCCCCCACGAGAUCACAUCAUUGUCGAUGUGGAGCCACCGCCCACUGUGGUGCCUGACCCCUCCCAGGCUCAGCAGGCCACGGUGGUGGACAUCCCGGAUUCAUCCCUGAUGCUGGAGCCCGAGCCCAAGCCUGCAGCGCCAGUGCCUCCAGCAGAUGGGAAAGCUAAGGAUGCCAGGAAACCUUCCCGGAGGUCCACCAAAAGAAAGAAGAGGACCAUAGCAGACGAGUCUGCUGAAAACGUCAUUGACUGGUGGUCGAAGUAUUACGCCUCGCUGAAGAAAGCCCAGAAGGCAAAGGAGAGCAAUUCUAAGGACAAAAAAGGCAAUGCAGAGGCAAAGUCAGACCAGAUGGCGGUGAAUAUCGAAGAUGGCCCCAAGAAGAAAAAAGACAAAAUGUUCAAGAAGAAACUCAAAGAGGACGACAUCCCCAACCUGGCUGUUCUGCAGAUCUACGAUGGUGAUCUGGAGAGUGAAUUUAACAAUUUUGAAGACUGGGUGAAAACCUUUGAGCUCUUUAGAGGCAAGUCUACGGAAGACGACCAUGGCCUUGAUGGAGACCGAGUCAUAGGAAAGUUCAAGGGUUCCUUCUGCAUCUACAAAAGCCCUGAGGAUUCCAACGCGGAGGACAACGGGCAGCUAAGAAUCCAGCAAGGGAUCCCGCCCAACUAUCCAGUCAAAGUUCUGAUCCGGGUGUACAUCGUGGCGGCAUUUAACCUUAGCCCCGCCGAUCCAGAUGGGAAGUCGGAUCCCUACAUUGUGGUCAGGCUUGGCAAAACUGAAAUCAAAGACCGGGACAAAUACAUCCCCAAACAACUGAACCCAGUAUUUGGAAGGUCGUUUGAGAUCCAGGCCACAUUCCCGAAGGAGUCUCUGCUCUCCGUCCUCAUCUAUGACCACGACAUGAUUGGGACAGAUGACCUCAUUGGAGAGACCAAGAUCGACCUGGAAAACCGCUUCUACAGUAAACACCGAGCCAUCUGCGGCUUGCAGAGUCAGUACGAGAUAGACGGCUACAACGCCUGGAGAGACACGUCCAAACCCACCGAGAUCCUCACCAAGCUCUGCAAGGACAACAGGCUGGACGGGCCCUACUUUCUCCCCGGGAAGAUACAGAUAGGAAACCAGGUCUUUGCUGGAAAGACCUCCUUCACUGAGGAAGACACGGAUGACACUGUGGAGUCCCAUGAGCACUUGGCUCUGAAGGUUCUACACUCAUGGGAGGAGAUUUCAGAGGUUGGGUGUAGACUUGUCCCUGAGCACAUUGAAACUCGGCCACUGUACCACAAGAAUAAGCCAGGGAUGGAGCAGGGCCGCUUGCAGAUGUGGGUGGAUAUGUUUCCCAAGGAUAUGACUCAGCCUGGACCUCCUGUUGAUAUUGCACCAAGGAAACCCAAAGGAUAUGAAUUGAGGGUGACCAUCUGGAACACUGAAGAUGUCAUUUUAGAGGAUGAGAAUUUCUUCACAGGACAAAAGUCAAGUGAUAUUUAUGUUAAAGGGUGGAUAAAGGGCUUGGAAGACGACAAGCAGGAGACAGACGUGCAUUACAACUCCCUGACCGGAGAGGGCAACUUCAACUGGCGCUUCCUGUUUCCCUUUAAGUAUCUCCCAGCUGAGAAACAAAUGGUCAUUACCAAGAGGGAGAACAUCUUUUCCUUAGAGAAGAUGGAGUGCAAGACUCCAGCUGUGCUGGUGCUCCAGGUUUGGGAUUUUGAGAGGCUGUCCUCAGACGACUUUCUGGGAACCCUGGAAAUGAACCUGAAUAGUUUCCCUCGAGCAGCCAAGUCUGCCAAAGCCUGCGAGCUCAGCAAGUUCGAAAACACAAGUGAGGAAAACAAGAUCUCCAUCUUCCAGCAAAAGCGUGUGCGGGGUUGGUGGCCUUUUGCCAAAAGCAAAGAGCUCACAGGCAAGGUCGAAGCUGAAUUCCACCUCGUGACAGCAGAAGAGGCUGAGAAAAACCCAGUGGGGAAAGCCAGAAAAGAGCCGGAGCCUCUAGCCAAGCCCAACCGCCCAGAUACCUCCUUCUCCUGGUUUGUGAGCCCCUUCAAGUGCCUAUAUCAUCUCAUCUGGAAGAAUUACAAAAAGUACAUCAUCAUUGGCUUCAUUUUGAUCAUCCUCAUCAUCUUCUUGGUCCUCUUCAUCUAUACCUUGCCAGGAGCCAUCAGCCGAAGGAUUGUUGUGGGGUCAUAAAGGGCUGUAGAGGGUUUUGACCCUCCUUUUUACCAAGUCCAUCGUUUUCCUGACCUGCAAACACCUGAAAGCAUGUA